CUCUCAUUCUAAUGGAGAUCGGAAUUUGGCAAAGGCGAGCGUGGCCGGCGUUUCAUAUGGUCUAACUUUUCCCUUCUCUCUCGUCUUCUUUCUCUCUCCUUUAGUUUUCCGCACCGAUGUCCGGCGGCGAUGACCGCGGCGACCUCUUCGACUACCACCCCGACAGGGACCUGUCGGCGAUCUUUCCGGCCGCCGGGAAAUGGACGGCGGACUCGGACAGCCUUCACGACUACUACUUGAACGACGACGGCAUGCUGCAGGCGUCCGGCCCUUUCGACGCGUCGUGCUGGGCGCAGCCGGACGACUGGUUCAAUGGCGGCGAGAUGGCGGCGGACGGCGGCGCCAAGUACUGGGGGAACCACAUCGCGACCCCGUCGACCGGAGUUGGGUCCCCGGUGUCGGCCAAUUGUUCGGCGUCGUCGUCGUCGUCGAUGGAGGCCCUAGAAGUGGUGAAGCUGGAGGAUCAGGAGGCGGCGGAGGCCAUCAACGAGGAGAUUAAAGACCGAGAACCGGCGACUGAUCACGCAGACAAAUCGAAGCUCAAACUGAACAAGCCGAAGAAGAAGGGAGAAAAGAGGCAGAGGGAGCCUCGCUUCGCCUUCAUGACCAAGAGCGAGGUCGAUCAUCUCGAAGACGGCUAUAGGUGGAGAAAAUACGGCCAAAAGGCAGUAAAAAACAGCCCUUUUCCAAGAAGUUACUAUCGUUGCACGGCCCAAAAGUGCCCGGUGAAGAAGAGAGUGGAGAGAUCGUAUCAAGAUCCGACCACCGUGAUCACCACCUACGAAGGGAAGCACAUCCACCCGAGCCCUGCGAGUACUCCCCGAGGACACUAUUUACCAGCUGCGCCACCACCGCCGCUGCUGCAGUUCACGGUGCCGGCGAACUUAAUCAGCCACCACCACCACCACCAACAACAACAACAGCACCACCACCAGCAGCAGCUCCUGCAGCAAGUGCGAGCACUGGGCGGCGUGCAGCGAGCAAACGCCGCCGGCAACAGCACGGUGACGAUCGGCAUGCAGCCUUCGGUUCAGCUCCCGGAUUACGGUCUCCUGCAGGACGUCGUUCCCGCGUUUAGUCAGAGAAAACAGUUUCCAUGAAUCUGUUGGUACGUUUAAUUAGUUAGGUAACUAAUUAUGAUAUCUAUAUAUAUAUAUCGAUCGUUUUACAUGCCAAUCGAUCGACUAAUCCUUGUUCUUGUACAAAUGUGUGUGCUUUAUUUUCUAAAUAAUAUAUAACUGAUUAAUCAACCUCAUUGCUAUAU